UGAAUAUAUCAUAAUUUGUUUGAUAGGCAACAAAAAUUGUUGUCAUAUAAAAUACUAUAUACAGUAUAUAUUACUUGUCAUUAGAGAUUAGAUAUUUAUUUAGUAAAUUACUAACUAAUAAAUGUCAGUCUUAAACAAACUGUUCUCAUCGAUACUAUUGGUGGCCAUUAUCGGCACUGGCUAUACGGUGGCCGACACACCGGCUAACUGUACGUUUGAAGACAUACGAGGCGUAUGGCUAUUCCAGGAGUCGGAGACUACGUCCGAUAGUCGGGAAGUCUGUAAUGGUUCGCAACCGUUGAUCAAUAAGCGUAAGAUUGCUCUAAUGUUUCCCAAUAUUGCCGUCGAUCAGUACGGCAACAAAGGUCACUGGACUAUCAUCUAUAACCAAGGUUUUGAAGUUGUCAUUACUGGCCGAAAGUAUUUUGCAUUUUCCGAUUACGAACAACACGGCACUAAUGUGACCAGUUAUUGUCACCGAACCCGACCCGGUUGGUCUCAUGACGUACUCGGCCACAACUGGGCCUGUUAUAUUGCUCGCCGUAUUACCACCGAUAGUAGUAGUAGCCGUGAAACCAAAACAUACCGAAUCCAGCGGCUAAUCGGUUCGGAAGAGUCAUUGUUCCGACAAAAUCCGGAGACUAUUCGCACGAUUAACACAAUACAGAGCUCGUGGACAGCCAAACACUACCAUCAUUUGGAGGGUCGACCCAUGAAAGAGAUUUAUCGUAUGAAAGGCGGUCAUAAGUCUAAAAUUUUAAGUCCUCCAUCAGCGGCACCUGUAACUGAGGAAAUUCGACAAAUGGCUUCCCAAUUGCCCGAUAGUUUUGAUUGGCGUAACAUAAACGGUGUUAGUUUUGUGUCUCCAGUUCGUAAUCAAGGUUCGUGUGGCAGUUGCUAUAGUUUCUCGUCGGUCGGUAUGAUCGAGGCUCGCAUACGGGUGCUGACCAACAACACCGAACAGUUGACACUAUCGCCACAGGAUGUUGUUAGCUGUUCGACGUACGCUCAGGGAUGUGAAGGAGGAUUUCCUUAUCUAAUAGCUGGAAAGUACGGUCAGGACUACGGGUUUAUUCCUGAAGAAUGUUUUCCCUAUCGGGGCGUCGAUGGCCAGUGCAAAGAGAAACAGUGUCGCCGAUACUAUAUCGCCAGUUAUGACUAUGUCGGCGGUUUUUACGGCGGCUGUAAUGAGGAACUAAUGCGUCUGUCUCUGGUCAAGAAUGGACCGAUUUCGGUGUCGUUUGAAGUGUACGACGAUUUUAUGUCCUACUCGAGUGGUAUCUACAGUCAUACGGGUGUCAGCCAUAGAAGUGGCAGCAAUGAUAUUAUGUUAAUGGACAGUGUUGUUGGCGUUCGGUACGACCCGUUUGCCAUUACUAAUCACGCUGUACUGGCCGUCGGCUACGGUGCAGAUCCGAAGACUGGCGAGAAAUACUGGAUAGUGAAGAACAGUUGGGGCAACGGUUGGGGUGAAAACGGAUACUUUCGGAUCAAACGGGGUAGCAAUGAAUGCAACAUUGAGUCUAUUGCCGUCGAGGCAUUACCCAUACCGUAGAUAAAUAGUAGAUAUUUUUAACACUUUUUUUGUUUGACUUAUAAUUUCUAAAAUUUAAUUCAAUAAUCACAGUAAUAAAGUUUACGCAAAACUAAUGUUAUUUACUUUUGAGAUUAUCGUAAUUGUUUGAAUUGCACUAUUAUUUUCGACUAUACAAUCGUUAUGUUGUUUGUUUGUUUUUCUUCAGCAAAUAUUUAAAAAAAUAUAUGAAUAUACAGUACAUAUAAAA